AUGUCUGAAGAACAAAUAAAUUAUCUUGAAACAAUCAUUAAAAAAUGGUUAAAUAACGGUGCUCAAUGUAAUUCAGCAUUAAAACCAUAUUCACGUUCACUCGUUCCAACAUAUAAUCCAGGUAUUCGAACAAAACACGUUCAUCAUAAACAGAACCGUCAUUCACAUAAAUCUAAAACUAAUAAAAAAUCAAAUCAAAGUACAAUGAUUCAAAUGUGUGAAGAUUUUCUUUAUAAAAAUCGUAAAUUGUUAAAUCUAUAA